AUGGGCUUCACCAAGGAGACUGCCAGUAUUGGCAUUAUUGGAAUGGGUGAUAUGGGCAAAAUGUAUGCCCAGCGCCUCAGUGCCGCAGGAUGGAGGAUUAAUGCAUGUGACAAACUCGAAUUGUAUGAGGACCUGAAAAAUGAAUUUGAAUCUCAACAAGGUGUUACCGUAUACCCGAAUGGACACCUGGUUUCUAGGAUUAGCGAUUACAUCAUUUACAGUGUAGAGGCUGGUGUCAUUGACAAGGUAGUCACUGAGUAUGGCCCAUCCACCAAGGUCGGCGCAAUCGUUGGAGGUCAAACGUCCUGCAAGGCCCCGGAGCUUGCUGCAUUCGAUAAGCAUCUUCCCCCGGAUGUAGAAAUUGUAUCCUGCCAUUCGCUCCAUGGGCCCAAGGUCAACCCCAAGGGCCAACCACUGGUCCUGAUCCAACACCGUGCGUCCGAUGAGAGCCUCAGAUUCGUCGAAGAAGUCCUAUCAUGCUUCGGCUCCGAAUACGUCUAUCUAACGGGAGAGAUGCAUGACCGGAUCACCGCUGACACGCAGGCGGUUACACACGCCGCCUUUCUGAGCAUGGGUACGGCUUGGCAAGCAAACAAUCAGUUCCCCUGGGAAUUCUCCCGCUGGGUUGGAGGCAUCGAGAACGUCAAAAUCAACAUCACCCUGCGCAUCUACUCCAACAAAUGGCACGUGUACGCGGGCCUGGCCAUUCUCAACCCGGCGGCGAAGAAGCAGAUCCGCCAGUAUGCCGAAUCGGUGACCGAACUCUACAAGCUCAUGAUCGAGGGCCGUCGCGAAGAGCUUAAACAGCGCGUCAAGGCGGCGGGCGAGGCCGUUUUCAAGGCGGGGACCGAGAGUCAAGAGCUGCUGCUGAAGGACGAGGUGCUCGAUCGCUUCUCCUUGUCGAAUGGUCCGCGCGAGAAGACGCCGCCCAACAAUCACCUCAGUUUGCUUGCCAUCGUCGACUGCUGGUCCAAACUCGGAAUCGUGCCUUAUGACCAUAUGAUCUGCUCAACACCUCUCUUCCGUCUCUGGCUAGGUGUCACAGAGUACCUGUUUCGCAGCCCCGAGCUCCUCGAGGAGGCUCUCGACACCGCCAUCGAUGACAAGACGUUCCGGUCCGACGACUUAGAAUUCACUUUCGCAGCGCGGGCGUGGUCCGACUGUGUCUCUUUCGGUGAUUUCCAGUCCUACCGCGAUCGCUUCGAACGUAUCCAGCAGUAUUUCGCCCCGCGAUUCCCCGAAGCCGUCAAGCUGGGCAACGAAAUGAUGAAGACGAUCCUGGAAAAGACCACCCCCGGGAAUUCCUAA